CCAGUGACAACUAUAUAGAAACUGAUACAUUCCACCUUCCAUUUUUCCGUUUUCKUAUAAUUCAUCGCUUUGCUUAAAAUGGCAUAGAUGCUUUUCAGUAAUGGUAAAAUAGACUCCAUAUCCAUGAUUUUAAACCCAGUUCAACUACUUCAAUACUGAUAGAAUUCUUGCAGUCUGUUGCAGAACACACGAUAAUACUUCCAAUGUGCGAUUUGAGUCUUAGACCUUGAGCACUUGAGGUAGAGUAUAGUGGGGCUAUCCCUUUUGUUUUCGCUUCACAAACUAACAAGAGUUAGCAGGGUCUUACAAGUCAAAGAAAGACGAUUGAGAGAUUGAUAUAAGUGUAUAAGUGUCGAAAGCGACUGUAGCUGAUGUCUCAUCAGAAAACGGUGGAAAAGUCUAGUGGUCACCAAUUACUCAUGCACAAUGUAGCCCGAGUAAACACUCGAUGGAAAAGUGUUUAGAGUGAGUGUAUAUCGACCAUAAAUAUCGAGCACACAAAGUAUCUUUCGAUCGUUAAUGCGACAAUCUCGUACGACAACGUUUUUAUGAAAUAGCUAUUCGACUGUACAAUUGUUUUUAUGUAAUGACGACCCGACCCGACACUUAAAACAACGUCCUUUUGCACAUUUAUGGCUUUUGAAUUUUUGAGCUAAGAGUUACAUUAUUCUGUUAACAAUAACACUCAAUGCAGAGAGAGAGGUUUCAUUGAACUCCAAACACGUUUUGAGGCGAUAACUCAUUAAGUUAGAUUCAAGUUAAUCCAUUAGAAUUAUCAGAAGGUCUCAUGGGAAUGUUAUGGUUUUGAUUUUUGUUGCCGUCGUCACGUUGUUAGGGUGCCAAAAUUGAUUUGUUUGUUUAAACGAGUUAUGUCUCGUUCAGUAAGUGUUUUUUGAUUUGUGYUUUUGAUUAUACUGCAACAAGUUCAUAUUGUGAAGUUUUCACAUUGAGGAUUGUUARAGGAAAUUGGUUUAUUUAUGUUUUAUCGUUAGUAGUAAUCGAUAGUUUCCUGGAUAACAAUUGGUUUCUACCUGAGGCACUUAGACACUGGAGGAUUACUAUAAGGUUUAGAUGUCUGCAUUCUACUAGAGCAAGCAUCAAUGUYAAGUCAGGUUUUCUUUUGGCUGAACUGAAAGUCAUAUAAACGUGGAUCUUGAUGGGYUAGUUUGUGAAACCACCUGUACAGGCAUUUCCUGGACAAACCCUCCUGGACAAAGUCGUUGUUUGUUUGGUACAUUUGUUGUUUUAAGUAAAAAACACUCAACACUGUUGCUUUGAAGUAUAUGGUGGACUAAAAUUAAAGAAUCCUUCUACAUUGGAGACAGAACGCGAAGAACACUGAAACUUUCUGAAGAUUUAUGCAAUCUUCUGUCUGGCCGUCAGCUCAAUUUCAGAUCUAAAGAAACUAAUGUGUUAGUACAAUUAACCUGACAAAUCUACACCUGACGUGAUUCCUGAACUAGAUGUAGAAUCUAAAGAGAUACGACCCUUUGAAAGUUCCUAAGAAUCCGCAUUUCAUAACUUUUAACGACGGAUUUCACGAAGUUCCACAACACUGCACGCAAAACUGUACUUGGUUGACAGGGGCGAAUGAUCAAGUCUUUUCUUCAGCAACAACGUCAACAAACGCUUUAUAGCUUAAAGUUUUUAUAAAAUUUAUACGUUGCAAGAUGACUGACACUACCAAGCUACCAGCAAGCUUCAGYAACGGGGCAGURUUUGAGAGUUCAACGGCAUUUUUGAUGCUGCAGAAAAAUGCCAAAAAACGUCAAACAACGAUGACCGAUGACGUUUUCAGAAUCUUUCGUCGAACAGGAAAGAAAAUCAAUGAAAUCGCCAAYAGAAUCGAAGGCGAGAGRAACAUYUAYCUUAARGAUUCCUACAACAAUAAGAACACACUUUACAAAGAAUUAUCAGGAAUUAGCAAUAUCAAACCCGGUCAAAAUGAGCGACGUAAGACGAUGAGAAUGAAGAAUCACAUGAGCUCAUURCCUCGUGUUUCGAGUGUCCCSACUAGUGAUUUGAUUUAUAGACCUGUUAARAGCCAAUUGGGAMGACAAAAGCUUGGUGAAGAGGCAGAGGUUGAGCCCGAAAAGCGUAUCAACGUSAAUGUACUAAAGCGCUGCGAAUGUUGUCGAAGGCUUGCAUUCAGGUACAAGGAAAUGACCGAAAAACAGCGGGAAAUYGAGGAAGAAGAAGAACGAAAGAAGAACGAAGAAAAUGGUGUUGAAAACACAUCAUCUGAAACGCAAAAGUUAACACAAGAGGUCUUAGAUUCAGUCAGACUAACUCCUAAURUCAAUAGUGACGACGGCAGAAAAAGAAGUCAAUUAUCGUUGUACAUUCGCGACGUGCCGCCAAACACAAGAGAAAUAACGAGAAGUCAGGUUGUACCAACAAGCUUUAGUUCGUUAAGAAAGCAAUCAAAAGCGAAUCUAGAAAAAUCCCMAAAAAGAGUAACAAUUCAUGCCCCACCAGUCACAGCCCCGCCAAGCCCAGACAAACAAGAAAAGAAAAUAUCGCGAUGUCGUUCUUAUUCAGUUCUAAUGAACACCGACAGAACAUCGCGUCCCGAGCCAACACCAAGCCCAUUAAACAGACAAAAGAUAAGAGUCAAAUUUGAGAACCCCAAUGCUAAAGARAAGCUUAAACUCGAAGGAAUUGAUUGGARGAACCAUCUUCGUAGGCUUCAUGGCCACGAUGAAGGUGAAAAACAAACUGUUGUGUCUUUGUCCAAAGCGUACAUCGCUUUCAGGAAACUUCUCCGUCAAAUGGAAGAAGAAAGAAGAAAGGAAGAAGAAGCUGCUUUGAACGAUGACAAGUCUUCUGAUUCAUCGGGCCGAAACUCUCCCCUCCCAAGAAACAGAUUCUAUAGCACAGCCAUAUCUGUCGCUGCGUCGUUGCGAUGGCAACCAAGGAGGGAAAGUAAGCGUGCCGAAUCUUUAAUUCCAGGAAUUGAGGAUAUCAUAGAAAGUGCUUCCGACAAGGAGGUGACUUUUGAUGAGGAAAUAGUCAGCCAGUCAGGAGAUUCCGAUAAAAAUGUGGGAUUUUUUACGGUUUUGGAAUGUAACAGCUGAACUGCGGAUGUACUCAAGUGAAACUUGURCAAAGUAAUUAAAUUAAUAAAAAAUAAAUAAUGAAUG